AUGAGUGAUUUACCGAAUAAUGAAUUCGGGCAAUCCGCACAAAAUCCCGCCCCAAUUAAUGUGCCGGAACCACGACCAUCCCGUCGUGUCGUGAAUUUUCCUCCAUAUAGAGAGGAUAACCUCGGUUCAACUUAUGAUCCGCCUGUAACGAUAGAAAGUCAAGAAGCGCACGGUGAACCAAACGUGGAUAAUGUAAUUGCUAUUGAUUCAGCAUUACAACCAAUUGAGGAAGAUGAUCGUCACACUGAAUCAUCAACAUUCCCAAGAAGAGUAAAAAGGGGUCCACCAACGACCCCCACUUCUCGUAAAUUUCAUAGAUCUCGUAAUCAAACCGAACAUCCAUUUUCAUUUACUUAUACUCCGUCAUAUUCUAGCGAUAGGGUUCCUUGGAGUGUUUUAAGAAGUUAUAAUGAUAGAUAUUAUAAUGAUACCUUGCCCGGAACUCCUUCGCCUGCUCGGUUGGAUAAUAGUUAUCAGAGUGGUGUGAUUUAUGAUGAUCCUCAUUCCAUUUCUCCCGGUGAGGAAAGUUUGUUUAGUGUUAUAAUGGAUGAUGGUUCAAAACAAAGAAGAAGAAUUUCUCUAACUUCCGAACCUUCAAGAAAUGCAGUUUCUGAACAAACACCGUUACUUCAUAAGUGUAAUGAUUCAGACUCCGACGAAUCAAAUUAUGAUCAGAAUCAACACCAUAAAUACGACAAUUCAUUAAAGGCAAGAGUUAAAGAUUGGUUUCACAAAAAUACCUUUACACCGAAUCAAAAGAACAUCAUUAAAUGCGCGUUAGCGUAUUUUAUCGCAUCGCUGUUUACUUUUAUACCAAUAUUAAAUGAAUGGUCGGGAUUGGUAGAAUCAAAAGAUUCUCAUUUAAUAGCAUCGGUUGCAGUAUUUUAUAAUCCUGCUAAAACUGUUGGAGGAAUUUACGAGGCGGUCAUUUUUGCUCUCAUUGGUGGAUUAUAUGGAUCUUUGGUUGGUAUUGGUAGUAUGGCUUGUGCUGUUUGGUUUAACGAUCAGGGUUAUAACACUUUGGGACAUAUCGUAACCAUUGUGUUUUGGUGUGGUGGAAGUAUGUUUAUUGUGGCCUUUCUAAAAGCCAAACUGAAUAAGCCCACCUUUAAUAGCGUUAUAACCAAGGAGGGGGCAACUCAUUUAGGUGAAUUUAGAUUAGAUAAAAUCAUUAGUGUGACGAAAAUCGUUUUAAUCGGAACGUGCAUAAGUUUUCUCGUUUCAGUAUGUAUCUGGCCGGUUAGCGCUAGUAAGAAAUUAAAGACAGAGAUUGGGAAUACUUUAGGAUCCUUUAACCUCCUUUUAAAACUUCUUACCAAGACCUUCCUCAUUGAUGAUAUUCAUUACACAGACAAGACUGUUCAAUCCGCGAUUGCAUCGUACAGGAAAUCGUUCACAUCAUUAGAAGCAUCGCUUUAUCAAGCAUCACUUGAGAUUCAUAAUCUUAAUAUGCGAUCUCAACUUGGUCUUUAUAAGGAGGUGAUCAAGAGUUUACAUAGGUUGGCACAACAUUUGGGUGGUUUAAGAAGUUGUUGUGGAUUACAAUGGGAAAUUAUUAAAGACGAGAAAAUUAAAAGUGAUGAAAAUUCAACGAAUCAAAUGAACUCGCCUGAAGGUUUAAAUAAAACUCAAAGACAAAGUGGACACCUUUCAGAUGAUGAAGAAUUCGGAGAUUUGAGUAUCUUAUUAGAUUUCAUUCGAUUCGUUGGACCUCCAAUGAAAUCUUUAGUGUUCACGUGUAAACAAACCCUCUCACAUUUACAAGAUCAAUUUAUUCAAUCACCUUCAGCAUUUUCGAAAACAACCCCGACAUUACUUCAACAAAAUUUAAAAUCUGCUUUAAACUUGUUUGAAAAAUCACAAUCACGAUCACUUACAGGUCUUUAUCGUAAGGAAAACACGAAUAGCAAACCAAACGAAGAAGUUUUUUUAAUUUACUUUUUUGUAUUCAAUUUACAAGAAUUUACGAGGGAAUUAACGGAUUUAAUAGACCUGGUUGGUCGUAUACAAAAUUUGGAUGCAAAAGAACAAGGGAUAAAAGAAACGAGAAAAUGGUGGCAAUUUUGGAUUUAUUUUGGUUGUUUUAAACUCGAUGCUUCUAAUGAUUCGUUACUUGACAAAAAAUCUUAUGAAAAGGCCAAAGACAAAUUUCCAGAAAAUACAAAUAAUUUAUUUGACACGAUUCAAACUCCGAGACCAAAAACCUUAACACACAAACUUACUAUUAAAAUUUGGCAAUCACUUUCUUGGUUUAGACAAUUUGAAGUUAAAUACGCUAUUAAAGCCGCUGUUAGCACUGCCAUCUUGGCAAGUCCCGCGUUUAUUGAGGAGACGAGAGACAUAUACAGAGAAUAUCGUGGCGAGUGGGCUUGUAUUUCUUUGAUGGUCGUGAUGGCUCCAACGGUAGGGGGAACAAAUCUUAUAGGAAUAUACCGUGCAGCUGGAACAUUAUUUGGAUCGUACCUUGCGUGGGUUAUUUACACAUUAUUUCCGGACAAUGGGCUUGUGAUAUCAAUUCUUGGAUUCUUUAUUGCCAUGGGAUGCUUUCAUAUGAUACUUUAUACAAAAUAUAAUCGAAUAGGAACUUUCAUUCUAUUGACUUAUAAUUUAGUAGCUUUAUAUAAGUUUAAUCUUAAAAAUUCCGAUAACGAAGAUGAAAAUCUUGAUCUUAUUGACAUUGCAAGAUAUCGGGCAAUUGCAGUUGCCACGGGUAUAAUUUGGGGAGUGUUCGUAACAACAUAUUGGUGGCCAUAUGAAGCGCGUGUAGAAUUACGAAAAGGAUUAAGUCAACUAUUUGUUAAUAUGAGCUGGUUGUAUAAGAAACUAGUAUCCGUUUAUUCUGUUAUGCCUGAAGUUCAGCCGGCAAAUGAAGGUGAUGUGACAAGUUCUUCGAAACAUUCAACAGUGAGAUUAACACCACAAGCAUCACAUCGACUAUCACAAUCAACAAAAGAAUUUAUGGACAUGGAAUUGAUUUUACAAGUAUCAUUACUUAAACUUACAGAUUUAUUGGCACAAACACCAAAUGAACCACGUAUGAAAGGACCAUUUCCCAUACAUACGUAUAGUGAAAUUUUAACGGGAUGUCAAAACAUUUUAGACAAAUUACUUUCAAUGAGAAUUGCCGUGACACAAGAAGAGUGGUAUAAGUUGGUUCGUCGAGAUUUUAUUAUACCAAUGUCAAAAGAAAGGAAGGAAUUGGUUGGGAAUGUGUUAUUAUAUUUUUAUAUCCUUGCCGCUGCCUUAAGGUUAAAGACCCCCUUACCACCUUAUCUACCACCUGCUGAAAAAGCGAGACGACGAUUAGUCAAAAAGAUCAGAAAUCUUCCUGUCGUUAAACAACGUAUUAUUGAAGAUGAACAUUAUAUCAUUUAUUAUGCAUAUGCUCUCGUGAUGGAAGAUAUUAUCAGGGAAUUGGAAAGAUUAGGUGUAAUUAUGCAAGAAUUAUUUGGUUGUAUGGGUGGUGACGAAUUUAAUACUCUUUUCGCUCCAGACGAAAAUAGUAUUGAUGACGUAAAUGAAGAAUCUAUAACUCAUCACGAUGAUGGUGCUUCUGGUGUUGCACCUUCUACAAAUUAA